AUGGAUUGAAACACUUCGGGCGGAGAGUUUCCGGCACGUUGCACACGGGCUCUUUACGGAAUCGUUGGGUUGAAUCGGACGAGUUGAGAUCUCUGACUCGGCGGCGGUGAGGAUCGUGAUGGGUGCGGGGGGCUCCAAACUCGAGAAAGCUCUGGGCGAUCAGUUUCCCGAAGGCGAACGAUACUUCGGCCUCGAGAAUUUCGGCAACACAUGUUAUUGCAACAGUGUUCUCCAGGCACUUUACUUUUGUGUCCCAUUUCGUGAGCAAUUGCUUGAAUAUUAUGCUAAUAACAAAACUACAAGGGAGGCUGAGGAAACUCUUCUGACGUGCUUAGCUGACUUAUUUUCUCAGAUAAGCUCACAGAAGAAGAAAACAGGAGUUAUUGCGCCUAAGCACUUUAUACAUAGGCUGAAGAAGGAAAACGAGCUUUUCCGUGGCUUUAUGCAUCAGGAUGCUCAUGAAUUUUUGAACUUUUUGCUAAACAAACUUGUCGACAUUUUGGAGAAAGAGCCCCAGCCUUCCAAAAUUGACAAAGAAGAGGCUUCCUCCCUAUCUGAAAUGGCUGCCAAUGGAUCAAACACUCCUGAGACAGACAUUGCUGCUGAGAAAGAACCCUUGGUGACCUGGGUGCACAAAAAUUUCCAGGGGAUACUCACGAACGAAACAAGGUGCUUACGAUGUGAAACAGUUACAGCAAGGGACGAAACUUUCUUCGAUCUCAGCCUUGACAUUGAACAGAACAGCUCGAUCACAAGUUGUCUGAAGAACUUCAGUUCCACCGAGACUUUGAAUGCAGAAGACAAAUUCUUCUGCGACAAGUGUUGCAGUUUGCAAGAAGCCCAGAAAAGGAUGAGGAUAAAGAAGCCACCACAAGUUCUAGUGAUCCACUUGAAACGGUUCAAAUACAUGGAACAGCUCGGUCGGUACAAGAAGCUGUCGUACCGAGUCGUCUUCCCGUUAGAGCUGAAGCUCAGUAGCACAUCCGAAGAAGUGGAUGCCGAAUACUCCCUCUUCGCGGUCGUGGUCCAUGUGGGAAGUGGCCCGAACCACGGCCACUACGUCAGCCUCGUCAAGAGCCACAACCAUUGGUUAUUCUUCGACGACGAGAACGUCGAGAUGAUCGACGAGUCGGCCGUCCAGACGUUUUUCGGGUCGGCCCAGGAGUACUCGAGUAAUACGGACCACGGCUACAUCUUGUUCUACGAGCGUACAAGUUCUAGCCAUUCGGAUUGAUGAACUUUGCCUACUGCUACUUGUUUCUUCAUAACACUUUGGUCUCUUCUUCUUGAACACUAAAAGGUAGGGUUUGUUUUUUUUAACGGGAGUAGGAGUGUUAGUAUUUUCAGUUUUGCAGUGAUGAAGAAUAGAAGGCAACACGUGUAAAUGGUUGUGAUGCUUUGGUAUUUUUUUUCCUCUGGAAUUACUGUUGCUAGAUUUACUUGAAAAUUGAAAUGUUUUUACUCCAUUAA